CUUUAGAAAUUGUAGACAACGACCUGCUUCGAUUGACAAAACCCAAAUGUGCUACAAAGCUCCCAAGAUGAAGUAUUUUCGUCUCAAAAACAACUUGAAGAACAAUAAUUACUACAUCAAGAAGUGGAUCACAUUCGCCAUGUCGCGUAAAAAUCUCUCCCUUGAAGUUCAUGGUACUGGUUUUGAAAUUCCUGCUUCCUUCUUCAUCAAUUCCUCUAUCAAGCAACUCAACAUUGAGUUAGCCUCUAUUUCUAGUCAAUGCUUGGUAUCUUGGCCAUCAUUGAAGAAGUUGUCAUUGCGGUUGUGUCGUUUCCGUUAUGGAUCUAUUGCUAAGCUUUUAUCUGGUUGCCCGAUUCUUGAAUGUUUGACAUUGUAUAGUUGCAAAGAUAUUAAGGUUCUUGAUCUCAGCAAAUUGUUGCACUUGAGAACAUUAGAAAUAAACAGCCACAUUAAGUUUCUAGGGCCAACGCAGAUUGUUGCACCACAUAUCCAUUGUCUUAGAUUGAUAGCCUCUCAAUUACCAUGUACUUUAGUUGAUAUAUCGUCUUUAACCGAAGCGAAAGUGGACAUUUGCAUUAAAUCAAGAGAUGGGAUCUUCAAGGCUGAUUUUCCUCAACUUCAAGCCAUGGUGCUAGAGAUGCUGGAAAAACUACAGAAUGUAGAGAAGCUAACUUUUGGUGGAAACUUUCUUCAGGUAUGUUUUGGGCUCAAUCUUAAUCUUACAUUCUCUAAUUAUUUCACUCAUGUUGGUUGCAAGGUAACCGUCUGAUGUACUAGUUUUCAUUAUCUUUUUGUGUUUGGCUAUUCACUAUCUCUGUGCUUUCUAUUAGAUUUUAUCUCUUGCUGAGGUUCGUGGUGUUCCUUUUCCGAUGUUAAAGGUCAAAACUUUGAUUCUUGAAACGGUAAUCUUUCAGUAUGUUAUUCCUGGUAUAGAAAGAUUGUUACAAAACUCAUUUGAAUUAAAGAAGCUAAUGGUAC